CGUGUAGAAGAAGAAACAGAUAAGGAAGUAGACAUCUAACACAUAAGUAUGGAGAGCCCGGAGUUAACUUUUAGUCUAGCAUACAUAGUAUUCUCGCUGUGCUUCGUGUUUACCCCCAACGAGUUCCGCUCGGCCGGUUUGACCAUCCAGAAUCUAUUUUCGUCCUGGCUGGGGAGUGAGGACUUGGGCUUCAUCCAGUACCACGUCAGGAGGACCAGUAUCACCAUACUGGUCCACUCCGCACUGCCGCUAGGUUACUACAUGGGGAUGUGUAUCGCUGCUCCUGAAAAAAACCUGGCAUACAUCCACCAGGUGAGUGAAAGCUGGAGAGCAUUUCUCCUCCUCUCUCUCUGCCUCCAGUUGGCCAGCUGGACACUCGUCAUCUACUGGUCCCGCCAUCACUGGCACAACCAUCCGAUCAGCCGGGCCCUGCAGGCCCACAUACAGCCUCCUCACUCCAACUGGGGCUCUGUAGCAUCCAGCAUCAACACUGAGUUCAGACGUAUAGAUAAGUUUGCUACAGGGGCACCUGGAGCCAGAGUUAUUGUUACUGACAGCUGGGUUUUAAAGGUGACCACCUAUUACAUCUACAUGGCCUUACAGAGUGAAUGUCAUGUGACAGUGACGGAGUCCAGACAACACCAACUGAGUCCGGACUCGGCUGCCCCCACACAGAUCUUGACCCUGAGAGUGGACAGCAUUAACCCUGCUGUCAGACCCUUUGAUAUCAAGCUCAACUCUACAGAGUAUGCAGAGCUCAGGGAGAAGCUCCAUGCUCCCAUCAGAAACUCUCCCAAUGUAGUGAUCCACCAAACCAUGAGUGAACUCUUCUUAGAAACAUUUCGAGCUCAAGUGGAACUCAAUCAACCGUACAUCCCCCCCAGUGGACAGGAGAUGGAGCCCUGUAUCGGCUGUAUGCAGGUUCCAGCAAGCACCAAGCUGGUGAGAUUGUGCCACACAGAAGGAGCUGAUAAUGAGUCAGAGUGCCAGCAGUGUUUCUGCAGACCGAUGUGGUGUCUGUCCUGUCUGGGUCGAUGGUUCGCCAGCCGCCAAGACCAGCAAAGACCUGAGACCUGGUUGUCCAGCAGGGUCCCCUGCCCAACCUGUCGAGCCAAAUUCUGUAUACUGGACAUCUGUGUGGUCCACUGACACCUCAUACGUGCAGAUCCAAACAGACUUUAUCCUUUCAAACCCCUGAAAGAGAAGCAUUGGACAGGACUUUGGACUGAACUUAGUUAUGUACCUGCUUAUUGUAUGCUUUGAGUAAGGAGUGAUUGUUCAGAAUAAAGAUUGGUUCUGAAUA